AUGACAGUUCUCACUUUGGAGCCUACGAGGUGGGCGGACACCAUAGAGUCGUCCGUUGAUUGUUUGUUUUCUCCCCAAUCAGCAAAGAAUGUUGAAGAUGUCUUAUCAAAAACGUCCACAAGAAAGCAUCAGAAAAACCUCUUGAAGGCAGUGGAACCUUUUAUACUGAAAAUGCUCGAGAAUCCAGUUGGGAUUUCAAUUUUGACGUCGCUUGUCAAGUACGGUACAGUGACAACUGUUGCCAGUGUUACAGACGUGGUAGGGGAAGAGUGUGACAAAGUCCUUAGAGGUGCAAGUACACCGGCAGAGAUUUGUGAGACCCCGUUAGGUAUUCUUCUGGAGCGUAUCAUUUAUCGUGAGGAUUGCACAGGGGAAUGUCGAAUUAAUUUAAUUAAAAGAAUAAAGUGUCUUGAUCAUUGCUCUCUUAUGGGUUCCGCAAUCUUUUUAUUGGCCACAGCUCGUUUGAUUAUUCUUGACAGAGAAUUUGCAGUAUCCGUAUGCUCCAGUACCAAGGCACAAGAAGCGUUUCUGAAAUUUUCCUUGCCAUCAUCAAGAAAAAAUAUUGUGGUUCGUUUCUGUGAAUAUGUGCUUUAUAUGACACAUACAAAAGAUGAAGUGCUGACAGAAUUGUGUUCUGCUUUUAUAUUUACUGCUCUUUCUACUUUAUACGCAGCAGAUUCUUCUGUGCGCCCAUGGAAAGAGGUUACGUUCCUCUUGGCUUCAUGUGGGAGCACCACCGUUGUUCGGGACAUGAUAAAGCUUUUUGCACAAUGGCCGGAUAUCUUUGUUCGCUCAAAGAAUGAAUAUUAUGCAAAGGUAAUAGCUCAUCUCUUAGCGCGAUCUCAAGAAUCAAAUGAUGGAGUUGUGUUGAUUAAGGUGCUAUUUAAAACAAAAAAAGAUUUUGAUGAAAGAUUGACUUCCCGGAAAUCUUCUCAAUUACAGCUACUUGCGGCCAUCGCAGAGAAGCCAGCGUAUGUGGCAGCUGUGUCAGAAAAAUUUGGGGAAUCUCUUGAAAAAAAACUUCUUGCUGCAGCUGUUCGGUACCGAAAUACAACCAAACCAAGAGCUCUUGUAACCAAAGAGGUUCUUCUUCAAAGGCUUGAUAAUAUUCGCUCUGUUUCCAGUGCAGAUGCUAGUCCGGGUAAGGCGUUGAAAAGGAGACGUGAAUAA